AUGUUUGACUAUCUGGAAUUUCAAGCUUUCGGUCCCGGAGAAGUCAUGGACUUGUACGCGUCCACGUCCAGCCCUGCAGCAUGCAUGCUGCAGGACCAGGACCAGGACCAGGACCAGGACCAGGAGCAGGACCAGGACCUGGCAGCCUUCUUCCCAGAGCUGGUCGAGGCGGACUGGCAGCCGCGCCGGUGCUCGCAGUCCGUUGAAAGUCAGAGUUCCAGCUCCGGCUCGGACGACCUGUUCGCCGGCCCCGCCUCCCCACCGCCGCCCCCCCGCACGUACAAGCCCUGCUUCGUGUGUCAAGACAAGUCCUCGGGCUACCACUACGGCGUCAGCGCCUGCGAGGGCUGCAAGGGCUUCUUCCGCCGCAGCGUGCAGAAGAACAUGGCGUACACCUGCCACCGGGACCGAAACUGCAUCAUCAACAAGAUCACGAGGAACCGCUGUCAGUACUGUCGGCUCCAGAGGUGCUUCGCCGCGGGCAUGUCCAAGGAGUCGGUGAGAAACGACAGAAACAGCCGGAAGGGCAAGAAGGAGGCGGUGAAGAUGACCAUCAUGGAGACGUACGAGCUGACGGCGGAGCUCGGCUUGAUAGUGGAGAAGAUCUGCAGGGCUCACCGGGAGACCUUCCCCUCUCUUUGCCAGCUGGGGAAAUACACCACAAACUCCAGCUCGGACCACAGGAUCCAGCUGGACCUCGGGCUGUGGGACAAGUUCAGCGAGCUCGCCACCAAGUGCAUCAUCAAGGUGGUGGAGUUUGCCAAGCGAGUGCCCGGUUUCACCGGCCUGACCAUCGCUGACCAGAUCACUCUGCUCAAAACCGCCUGCCUGGACAUCCUGAUCCUGAGGAUUUGCACUCGCUACACUCCCGACAAGGACACCAUGACCUUCUCCGACGGUCUGACCUUGACCCGCACUCAGAUCCACAACGCCGGUUUCGGACCGCUGACGGAUCAGGUCUUCACGUUUGCCGGCCAGCUGCUGCCGCUGCAGAUGGACGACACGGAGAGCGGCCUCCUCAGCGCCAUCUGUCUCGUCUCCGGAGACAGGCAGGACCUGGAGGAGCCGUCGAAGGUGGAGGUGCUGCAGGAGCCGCUGCUGGAGGCGCUGAAGAUUUACUCCCGCAAGCGGCGGCCCAGCAUGCCCCUGAUGUUCCCCAAAGCCCUCAUGAAGAUCACCGACCUGCGCAGCAUCAGCGCCAAAGGAGCGGAGAGGGUGGUGACCCUGAAGAUGGAGAUCCCGGGCUCCAUGCCCCCUCUGAUCGAGGAGAUGCUGGAGGAUCUGCAGAACCUGGAGAAACACCCUGAGGAGAGCAGCGUGGAGGCGAACGCCAGCCAGCACACACACACACACACACACACACACACACACACACACACACACACAACCACACAUUCCUGCAGCCCUCUCUUGUGUAUAUGACUGAAUUUGUCCUGAAACCCAGAAAAGAGUUAGCGUUCGUGCACUUCUGGUCCCGUCGUCUCAAAGUCAAACGUUUUGCUCUACGUUAUAAAACGUGUCUUAAAGCGUCUUAAUGAGACCACAAAGCGCCAUCACGGCGACUCGUCCGCCUUCACGCUCACGUGAGCGUGACGGUGUAGUUAGUUUACGGCCUGAAGUCGACCUUUAACUUCUGCCGACUGCAUCUUCGUGACAACAAUCAUCAACGUGUGUUGUUCAUUUGUUCAAAACCUAUUGAAAAACCUACAUAUCAGUAUCAUGAACUCUUUUUCUUCUGCGUAAUCCAAAUUCCACUAGAGGAAAAAAAAAAGGUUAAAAAGCACAAUGCUGCUUUCGGGGGGGCCGCCCUCCGUAAACACGUCAUUCCUGCAGCAGCCUGCAGCAGUGUGGUGGUGAGUGUGGGGGAGUUGAUUUGAUUCAGGCUUCCUGGGAACAUUCUUGUUAAAGGCCCUCUCAGGCCUCGGGCUAAAUUGCACCGCAGUGAAAGUACCUUUUAAAAAAAAAAAAAAAAAGUCUCUUUAUUAAGAAAUCAACGUCCUUUUAUCCAACAUGUUUUGGUUUAUCUGAAAACAAUCUGUAUUCAGGUCUUGUCAGUGUCAUUUGGAAUAGUUUGUAUUCUAUCAAGAGGGACCGUGUGCUUUAUAUGGUAUCACAAAAUCUUCUCACGCAGCGUAACAUGUAACCGGUAGCGAUUACUUUCAGUUCUCCUCGGCGGUCGGCAAAUAACAGAACCGUUGAUUUCAGCGUGAGUUAAAGGAGCCACUACGGUAUGCUUUUACAGACAUGGCUGUUAGUCCAUAAAACGUAUUUUUUUUUUACAAAAAAGCUCAAUUAUUUUUGACAAACUCUGCUUUCAAAGCAGAAGUUGAGCGAAAAAGUAUCUAUUUUUAAUUGUGGCCAUUGUACUGAUACAUUGUUUUUGUAUAUGUUGGACUUACAUUUGCCGGGUAACUCCAAAUGAACGCUAAUGUUUCUCCUUAACUGUUGAUGUGUAAAUAAAAGGCGAUGCAUGUCGAUGCUCUUAUGA